AUGGCAUCAGCACAUCAAUUGAAAGAUGCUUCCCUGCUGAAGACAUCAUGCUACGUCAACGGGCAAUGGAUUGGCGCCAAAUCUGAGAAAGUAUUCUCAGUCGAGAACCCUUCAACCCUCACCGAGGUAGCAAAGUGUCCCGAGUUCGACGAAGCCGACACCGAAGCAUCCAUCCUCGCCGCCCACGAUGCCUUCAAAUCCUUCCGCAAGACCCCGGCACGCGCCAGAGCGCGCCUCCUCCGGAAAUGGUUCGACCUCAUGAUGGAAAAUGCCGACGACCUCGCCAAGAUCAUCACCCUGGAGAACGGCAAGCCUCUGGCCGACGCAAAGACGGAAGUCGGCUACGCCGCCUCCUUUUUCGAGUGGUUCUCCGAGGAGGCGCCCCGGAUCUACGGCGACACCAUCCAGGCGAGUAACCCAAGCUGCCGCCUCGUCACUCUCAAGGAGCCUAUCGGCGUUUGCGGCCUCAUCGCGCCGUGGAACUUCCCUGCGGCCAUGAUUACACGCAAGGUCGGCCCCGCGCUGGCGGCCGGGUGUACCGUCGUCGUCAAGGCGCCGGCCGAGGCACCCCUGACGGCGCUGGCUCUCGCCGAGCUCGCUCAUCGCGCGGGUAUCCCCGCGGGCGUGGUGAACAUCAUCACGGCCCUGGAUAACACCAUUUCCGUAGGGAAAGUGCUGACGACGCACCCGGUCAUCAAGAAAGUGUCCUUCACCGGCUCGACGGGCGUCGGAAAGCUGCUGAUGAACCAGUGCUCCUCAACACUCAAGAAGUUGUCCUUUGAGCUCGGCGGCAACGCCCCCUUCAUCGUCUUCGAAGACGCCGAUCUAGACGCGGCGCUCAAGGGCCUCAUCGCGUCCAAGUUCAGAAUCUCGGGCCAGACGUGCGUGUGCGCUAACCGGAUCCUGGUCCACAGCAGCGUGUACGACAAGUUCUCGCAGAUGGUCGUGGACGCCAUCAAGACCUUUACCGUCGGCGACGGGUUCGCCGAGACAACGACGCACGGCCCGCUGAUUCACAACCGCGCCGUCGCCAAGGUCGGCGAGCACGUCAAGGAUGCCGUCGCCAAGGGCGCGCGGGUGCUUCUCGGCGGCAAGCCCCUGACCGAGCUGGGGUCCAACUACUUUGACCUCACCGUGCUGGCGGACAUGAAGCCCGGCAUGAAAAUUUGCUCCGAGGAGACGUUUGGGCCCGUGGCGGCAUUGUUUGCGUUUGAUACCGAGGAGCAGGCUGUCGAGCUUGCUAACGAUGCGGACGUUGGUCUUGCGGGGUACUUCUUCAGCAAGGACGUGUCGCGGUGCUGGCGUGUGGCGGAGGCGCUCGAGGUUGGCAUGGUUGGCGUAAACAUUGGAGCCAUCAGUGAUCCCGCCGCGCCCUUCGGUGGCGUGAAGCAGAGCGGAUUUGGCCGCGAAGGAAGCAAGUAUGGCAUUGACGAGUUUUUGGUCACCAAGAUGGUUAUGACUGGCAUUGAAUAA